AUGAGCCCAUGCGCAGUGCCAGUCCUUCUUGUUCCUAAGAAAGGUAACCAAUGGCGAAUGUGUGUUGAUAGUAGAGCUAUUAACAAGAUAACCAUCAAGUAUCGAUUUCCUAUCCCUCGACUAGAAGACAUGCUUGAUGAGUUGGCGGGUUCUAAGAUAUUUUCAAAGAUAGAUCUUCGUAGUGGAUAUCAUCAAAUUCGAAUCAGGCCUGGAGAUGAAUGGAAGACAGCUUUUAAGAGCAAAGAUGGAUUGUAUGAAUGGUUGGUGAUGCCUUUUGGGUUGUCAAAUGCUCCUAGUACUUUCAUGAGAUUGAUGAACCAGAUUCUUCGACCAUUCGCUGGUUCUUUUGUGGUUGUUUACUUUGAUGAUAUUUUAAUUUACAGCAAGACCAAAGAAGAGCACUUGGAUCAUUUGAAGCAGGUUUUGCAAGUCUUACAAGAAAACCAGUUGUACGUUAAUCUGAAGAAGUGUACAUUCUGUACCAACAAGCUGGUAUUUCUAGGAUUUGUUGUUGGUGAAGAAGGGAUUCAGGUUGAUGAGGAGAAAGUGAGAGCUAUUAGGGAUUGGCCUGCCCCUAAAUCAGUCACUGAGGAGAAGCUAUGUACUGCACCAGUCUUAGCAUUUCCUGAUUUUGAUAAAGUGUUCCAAGUUGAAUGUGAUGCUAGUGGAGUUGGAAUAGGUGCUGUCUUAUCUCAAGAGAAAAGACCAAUAGCUUUCUUUAGUGAGAAGUUAAGUGAGGCUCGCCAAAGAUGGAGUACUUAUGAUCAAGAGUUUUAUGCAGUAUUUAGAGCUCUAAGACAGUGGGAGCAUUACUUGAUUCAGAGAGAGUUUAUCUUGUUCACUGACCACCAAGCUCUGAAGUUCCUUCAUAGUCAGAAAGUGAUAAACAAGAUGCAUGCUCGAUGGGUAAGCUUUCUGCAAAAGUUUCCAUUCAUUAUUCAGCAUAAGUCUGGGACUCUCUGA